CGCGUUCGUCGUGUGGAGUGGAAGAAGAAGUACAGCUCGUUUCUACGCGACCUGUUUUCGCUUGGUGCUCCGUGAAAGAAAGACAGUGAUGAAUCCACCGCAGCCUGGCGAUAUUCCUGCUCAGUGGGGGAACCCACCGGGUGCGGCCCCUCUGGCGCCAGGAGGCGCCGCUGCUGGUGAGCCAGUGAAGCUGGACCUGAUGGUCGACCCCGACAUGUUGCCACCCGAGGUCGUCGAGAUGGGAAAGCCAAUAGAAGAGAGGAACCUCGUGGAGCAUGCGCUGGAGUACAACCCUCAUCGCAAGACCCUCGAGGUGUUCCUGAUGCUCGUCAUGCUCACCAGUCUCCUCGGUGUCGUCGUCUACGCGGCUCUCUCGUACGCCCUUGUGGAGACAUUCUUCUCUACCGGAGCGGCAUCCCACUUACACGAAAGCCAGUACGACAUCUGCGACGACGAAGGAUGCGAGGAGUAUGAGCACCGCACCAUGGGCUUCGUCGAUUGGCGCAGCAACCCAUGUGACAGCUACUUCCUGUACGCCUGCACGGGUUUCCAGAAGGAGGCUGUGGACCUGAACGUAGCCAUCUACGAGUCGCACCUGGACUUCAUCAACUCGGAGUACCAGCUACUUGCCUCGUUGCUACAGAAGGGGACGGAGACAAAGAAGGCCUACUCUGUCCUCCUCCUGAAUGUGAGAGACCUAUACGCCCAAUGUCGAACCAGUGACGAGUACCACUUCGCUGUCAUCGAGUACCUGGAAGGGGAAAUUAUGAACCGAAGGAGCGGGCAGUCCGGGCCAGAGGAACCAAGCAAUCUCUUCAGCAACAUCGGUUAUCCCAUGGGCGAAACCUUCGUAUUCGACGUGGUCAAAGAGAAAGACGGCACCUGCUACUUGUAUCCGCCCACGCUGUUCUUCCCGAACGCCAUGUUCCAGAGCUCGGAGUUCAAGAGCAACUUCAUCAAAGCGUUUGAAGAUUACUACGACAAUGCUUUCCAGCCGAGAAACAACAUGUUCCGCUAUGACCUCGUAGACUUCUUCACUUUCCAGAAGCGCCUCGCUGAGCUCAUGGGUGACCCUAAGCGACAAGUUUAUCGGCCAUUGGAAGUGACGUCACCUCAAGAAGGUUUAGAAAAGCUUGUAGACCCUGGAGCGCAACAAUCCCUCGAAUGCGAUGGUCGAAUCGUAUGGACCGACUCUGAAUACUACAGAGGCCUCGAAUCCCUAAUCAACGAGACUUCGUAAGAAGCCAAGCAUGCAUCUUCUUUAAAUAAAAUACUGUCCCCCUGG